AUGUACACACAGACACAUGUACGUACAUACACACAAACACAUGUACAUACACAGACACAUGUACACACACACACACAUACAUGUACAUACACGCAGCCGUGUACAGAUACACUCAUGUACAUACACACAGACACAUCCCCCCCCAUAAAAAGUUGCAGUACUUCGUUGUUCACUCACAGAUCCGGGUACUGCACUCUAGGGGGAGGCAGAGAGCACAGCACACACUCCUUGCUUUUCUUUCACUGCGCUCAGCUAUUGAGCAGUUUGCCGGCUCCCAGUGCCAAUAACAGAUCCGGCCUGAGCUCUGAGCCUGCUCAGCAAGACGGCCCUGGGGGACACACUAGCCCCCACUAUAAUUUGCGAGCAGGCGAGUGGAAAUUUCAAGCCCUGCCAUAGAAUGUAC